GUCCAAUCCUCAGCAUCAGGGCAAGUCUCCCCCUCCUCCUCCCUCCAAAAGAAAGGAAAGAGAAAAGGUGCAGAUACUGGUUUUAGGAGCCAUUAGAGUCACAGACCUAAUCUGCUGACGUUGAACUGUCUAGUGUUUGGCAUCAGAGGGUGGAACUGGCACAAGUACUGUAUAUAAAUCGCCCCAGUGCGAGGUAGCCAAAGGGAAGGCCGGAUCCUGGAUAGGGUGAGGGGAGCUCCGCGGGAGGCGGCUUGUUCCUGCAGCCUCACGUCUCAGUGGGUGUAAGAUCUUGCAUCAGUAGAGCGCUUGAUCAGAAGUUAGAUUGUUCAACUUUCCCCAAGGGCCUUGAGACAAAGGCAUAAACCCGUCUCCUCUCUGCCGGCGAUGGAAACUGAGGCCCAGAGAGGCUGAGCCGGCAGCGAACCGCGCGCAGCGCACCGCGGGGACCCGACGCCGCGCCUGUGCCGAGGCGGGGCGGAAGGGCCGCGGGGGCGGGGCGGCCUGCGUGGCCGCGGCCCGGACGGCGCCGCUGAGCCCGUGGAGCCCGGCGGGCCGGCCAUGGGCGACCGCGAGCGCAACAAGAAGCGGCUGCUGGAGCUGCUGCACGCGGCGGACACCGGCAACGCGCGCUGCGCCGACUGCGGGGCGCCAGAUCCCGACUGGGCAUCCUACAAGCUGGGGAUCUUUAUCUGUCUCCACUGCUCUGGCGUCCACCGCAACUUCCCCGACAUCAGCAAAGUCAAAUCCGUGAGGCUUGACUUCUGGGAUGACCACAUUGUGGAGUUCAUGAGCCACAAUGGAAACCUGCGUGUGAAGGCCAAGUUCGAAGCCAGAGUCCCAGCUUUCUACUACAUCCCCCAGGCCAAUGACUGCCUGGUCUUAAAGGAGCAAUGGAUUCGAGCUAAGUAUGAGAGGCAGGAGUUUAUGGCUGAUGGGAAACCGCUCCUCCCCCCAGGUAACCGAGAAGGAAUCCUGUGGAAGCGGGGAAGGGACAAUGGACAGUAUCUACGGAGGAGGUUUGUCCUGCUGGCAGGAGAAGGUCUCCUCAAGUACUACACCAAGGAUCAGGAUAAAGGCCCCAAAGCUGUCAUCAGUAUCAAGGACUUGAAUGCUACUUUCCAAACAGAGAAGAUAGGACACCCCCACGGGCUGCAGAUCACUUACGGCAGAGAGAACCACACCCGGAACCUGUUCCUGUACCAUGAGAGUGGGAAGGAGAUCGUGGACUGGUUCAAUGCUCUCCGAGCAGCCCGCCUGCAGUACCUAAAAAUGGCCUUUCCUGACCUCUCCGAGGCUGAGCUCGUGCCCCUCAUCACCAGGAACUACCUCAAACAAGGCUUCAUGGAGAAGACUGGACCCAAGCAGAGAGAGCCUUUCAAGAAAAGGUGGUUUGCCCUGGAUCCCCAGGAGCGGAGGCUGCUUUAUUAUAAGAACCCACUGGAUGCCUUCGAGCAGGGCCAGGUUUUGCUUGGGAGCAAGGAGCAGGGAUACGAAGUCCAUGAAGAGCUGCCCAAGGGCAUCCGAGGGAAUCGCUGGAAAGCUGGCCUCACCAUAGUCACCCCCCACCGAAGAUUUGUCCUCACCUGCCCCACCGAGAAGGAGCAGCGGGAGUGGCUGGAGAGUUUGCGGGAUGUCCUGUCCAGCCCUUUGACACCCCUCCACCUCCUGUGUGUACAUACAGAGAGUGGGCACAGCAACAGGUGACCUUUGGCUGGCCACCUGGUGAGAAGGAGAAGUUCUUACUUUGCCCCACGCUCCCAGCAAGAGUGCCCCAAAGCCUGCAGCCAUCCCCAGCAGUGAACUGUGCCGAGACAAGAGCUAUGAUUCAUCUUCCUGCUCCCUGGGCCUUCUGCACUGCCCAGCUUCUGAGAGCUGAGGCUCCAGCACAGAGACGAAUACCUGCCACCCACAACACAUGCAGGCUCAAGGUGUCAUGGGCUCCAGAGCUUUCUCAGAUCUGAAAUGGGCACACUGAAAUGAAGAGGCACCCACAGCAUUGGGCAAAUGGCAUCUUGCCACCUCCCCCUUCCCAAAAAAGUUAAAGUUUAAUCUGAAUCUGCUGAACAACCAGCCUGGACUCUUCAAUGAUACAGUCUGGAAAUUUUAUUAUUUUUGAUACCAGGAACCAAACUUGGGACCUAACUUACAGGGCAGGUGCUGUGUCUCUGAGCUAUAUAUCCUGGCCCUUAGUCUGGAAAUUUUAGAUUAAAGGGGACUAAAAAUUGGCAAUCAGGGGCUGGGGAUCUAGCUCAGCGGCAUAAGCACCUGCCUUGCAAGCAGGCGGUCGUGAGUUCAAUCCCUGGUACCGAUAAAAGAAAAAAAAAAUAGAAUUGGCAAUCAAAUGCAAUUCAUGAUUCUUGGUUGGAUCCUGGAUUUUAAAAAAAAAAAAAGCAAUACCAACUAUUGCCCUGGUGCAGUGGUGAAUACCUGAAAUCUCAGCACUCUGGGAGGCUGAGACAGGAAAACAAUCAAGUUUGAGCUUAGCCUGGACUUAGUGAGACUCUGUCUCAAAGUUUAAAAAUAAGGAGUUGGGGAUAUAAUUCAGUGUGAAGCCUCCAGGUUCAACCCCCACUACUACCAAAAGCAAACAGCUGUACAGUGUAUAGCUUACAUGAUUGAGGAAAUUAUAUAUAUAUAUGCAUAUAUGGAUGACUAUUGGCUUAACAAUACUGUAAGACCGUGAUGAUCAUGAUGCUUGUAUGGGAGAAAUGCAGCUGAGGUAAACUGUGGUAAUGCCUAUCACAAACUCUUAAAUGGUCCAAUGAAACCUAAGUGAACAAAUACAUGUACAUGAACAGAAUGUAUAUGUGUAUGUAUAUACAGAUACAAGUAUUAUAUAUGAAGGGGAGAGGAGAUCACGGGGUAAAAUGUUAGUGACUGAAAAAUCUAGAUGAAGUAUAUGUGGGCAUUUAUUUUCCUAUUCGUGCAAAUUUUAUAUAAAGAUUUUAAAGUUUUCAUAUUAAAAAGUUGAGAAACUUCAAUUUAAAAA